UAGAGUGACAAUCUAACAGAAGGACUUCACUUGCUUUUUAUUUCCAGCAUCUGGUGUAAAUCAUUUUACAUGUAUUUUCUUUGAUCCUUACUAUAACGCUAUGAGGUAGGUGCUAUUAUUAACUUCAUUUCAUGUGUGAGCAAGAGGAGGUUUGGAGGAGUAAACUAAUCGUCUAAGGCCACCAGCUAGGAAAUGGCAGAGCCAGGACUUGAACGCAGGCUGACUCUAGAGCUCAUUCUUUUUUUUAAUUUUUUUUUUUUUUUUUUUUUUUUUUUGAGACAAGGUCUUGCUCUGUCACCCAGGUUGGAGUGCAGUGGUACAAUCACAGCUCAAUCACAGCUCACUCUAGCCUCAACCCCCCAGGCUCAAGUAAUCCUCCCACCUCAACCUCCUGAGUAGCUAGGACUACAGGUGCGUGCCACCAUGCCAAGCUAAUUUUCUUUUAUUUUUUGUAGAGACAGAGUCUCACUAUGUUGCCUAGGCUAGUCUCUAACUCCUGAGCUCAAGUGAUCCACCUGCCUUGGCCUCCCGAAAGUGCAGGGUUAUAGGUGUGAGCUACCAUGCCCAGCCUAGAGCUCACCCUCUUAACCACUUCAUAGAUGGUCUGAAUCUUGGAAUAUGGGUCCGUAAAGGUCUCCUCCUAUUCGAUUUCAGGCAGCCUUGGGUUAGCUUGGCGGUCUGGGUCUCUCUGAGCAUGUCUACCCAGGGUGUGCUUCAGAGUCACUAGAAAGUUGAGGGGUUUUGAGAUUGGGGAUAACUCCAGGGAAUCCUGGGCCCUACUUCCACCUUCAACCAUAAUUGAUAAAAUAGAGAGCUUUUCUCAUUUACUUAACUUCUCUUGUCCAGUUUUUGAGUAGCUAGUAACCUAUAGGAAAGUGGGUGGGACAGUCACAAAAAAAUGUGUCCUAAUGUGAUCUUAACCUCACUAUGGCCUAGUGCUAUGUGGUCAUUUGAUUAGAGGGGUAUGUUAUAUAAAAUAUGAUUUAAAGAAAAACAAGAACAACCCUAAACCAGUGUGAUUUUUGCCGUGAGAAAACAGAAUUGGGUGUUCAAAAUGAGAAUGUGUUCAGCGCUAGCUUCAUCUUCAGUUUCCCAGUCUCCCUUUGAUACCUCCUCCGUGUGUCAUGACCUUUUCCAUGACCUUCAGGGACUGGGCCUGCUGACUUAUACAAAAGCCUCCUCUUUGGAAAGGAUUUGAACCUUGGAGAGAAUUUAAGAGAUGAGUUGCCUUUUCCUAGAGCAUUUACAUUUUAAACUUUAUCCUCACUUGUGGCAUGAGAGAUUCUGUUUCCUGCUAAAGCAAUUUCAGGCAGUAGCAAAUAGGUGGGGAAGGAGCUUUACGGGAGGAAAUCCUUUAGGGUCUCCCUGUGAUUCAUGCACACGGUCCUCUGAACCUGCUAGGGAUAAUUUUCCUCACUUAGUAAUAAUAACAACAACUACACACUUACGAGCACUUGUUCUGCCAGGCAUUUGUGGCCAGUGCUUGGCAGGCAGUAUCUCUUUGCACCCUCACACUCAUCUGUGAGGACAGUUUCCCUUUAUAGAUUAAGAACCCGAGGCCCAGAGAUGUUAUGUAAACUUCCUAGGGACACAGAGCUAGUAAUAGGCAGAGCUAAGAUUUGAACCCAGGUCUUUUUAGUACCAGACCCUGAAUUUGUAGGAUUAGUGCCUUCAGGAUGACAUGGAGGGACCUCACUGCCUUGAUCUGUUAUUUAUCAAGAGUCAAACUUGAAAAGGCUGUCAGGGAAACCUCCAGGCUGCAUCUUGGGCAAAGAUUGGCUUGAAACACGCAUUUCCCAAGCCUGGCCUUGGACACCAACUAUAAAAAGAGGCCAUUACUGGUGUAUCCUUGGUUAGUUCUGGGUAUACGUUCUGGAUCCUCACUCAUCUCAUCUGCACUGACAUCCUCACUCACGGCAUUUACAGACUUAACACGCCAGGCUCUGUGUGAGCAUUUACCUCUUUCAACCCUCACCAUAAUCCCACAAGGAGGCACAGUUCUUUUACCCAUUUUGAAGACGAAGAAACACAGUCUCAGAGAAGUUUGGUCACAAUAUCACAAGGAGGUAAGUAGCAGAGCUGAGAUUGGAGCCCCGGCCUGUGUGAUCCCAGAGCACCAGCAAUACCGUCUCGGCCUCGGCUCCUGGGUUAUACCCUCUGUCACGCCAAGCCCAUCAGCCCGCCUGUGCUGUCUCCCUCUGUCUGUCCUAGUUCGGAUGGAUAUGGCGAGUUUUGCCGGCUCCUGGCCCUCUGGCUGCCUCAUCCCUCUCGUCUUCCUCUGGCUGUCUGUGCAUGUGUCAGGCCGCGCAGGGGAUGCCGGCAAGUUCCACGUGGCCCUACUAGGGGGCACAGCUGAGCUGCUCUGCCCUCUCUCCCUCUGGCCUGGGACGGUGCCCAAGGAGGUGAGGUGGCUGCGGUCCCCAUUCCCGCAGCGCUCCCCGGCUGUUCACGUGUUCCGGGAUGGGAAGGACCAGGAUGAAGAUCUGAUGCCGGAAUAUAAGGGGAGGACGGUGCUGGUGAGAGACGCCCAAGAGGGAAGUGUCACUCUGCAGAUCCUUGACGUGCGCCUUGAGGACCAAGGGUCUUACCGAUGUCUGAUCCAAGUUGGAAAUCUGACUAAAGAGGACACCGUGAUCCUGCAGGUUGCAGCCCCAUCUGUGGGGAGUCUCUCCCCCUCAGCAGUGGCUCUGGCUGUGAUCCUGCCUAUCCUCGUACUUCUCAUCAUGGUGUGCCUUUGCCUUAUCUGGAAGCAAAGAAGAUCAAAAGAGAAGCUUCUCUAUGAACAUGUGACGGAGGUGGACAAUCUUCUUUCAGACCAUGCUAAAGAAAAAGGAAAACUCCAUAAAGCUCUCAAGUUGAAAAGAGCUGCAGCAAACUCAGGCUGGAGAAGAGCCCGGUUGCAUUUUGUGGCAGUGACCCUGGACCCAGACACAGCACAUCCCAAACUCAUCCUUUCUGAGGACCAAAGAUGUGUAAGGCUUGGAGACAGACGGCAGCCUGUACCUGACAACCCCCAGAGAUUUGAUUUCGUUGUCAGCAUCCUAGGCUCUGAGUACUUCACGACUGGCUGCCACUACUGGGAGGUGUAUGUAGGAGACAAGACCAAAUGGAUUCUUGGGGUAUGUAGUGAGUCAGUGAGCAGGAAGGGGAAGGUUACUGCCUCACCUGCCAAUGGACACUGGCUUCUGCGACAGAGUCGUGGGAAUGAGUAUGAAGCUCUCACAUCCCCGCAGACCCCCUUCCGCCUUAAAGAGCCUCCACGGUGUGUGGGGAUUUUCCUGGACUAUGAAGCAGGAGUCAUCUCUUUCUACAAUGUGACUGACAAGUCUCACAUCUUUACUUUCACCCAUAAUUUCUCUGGCCCCCUUCGCCCUUUCUUUGAACCUUGCCUUCAUGAUGGAGGAAAAAACACAGCACCUCUAGUUAUUUGUUCAGAACUACACAAAUCAGAGGAAUCAAUUGUCCCCAAGCCAGAAGGUAAAGGCCAUGCUAAUGGAGAUGUGUCCCUGAAGGUGAACUCUUCCUUACUGCCCCCGAAGGCCCCAGAGCUGAAGGAUAUAAUCCUGUCUUUGCCUUCUGACCUUGGCCCAGCCCUUCAGGGGCUCAAGGUUCCUUCUUUUUAGGGAUAUGCCACACUACCUGCUCCCAUCACCAUCCAGCCCAGCACCAUGGACUUCAGUCGCCUGGCCCAACCCCACGAUUAUGGAACAUCUCUUCACCUUAACCCAAAUUGAGACCCUUUUGUGGUUUCUAUUUGUACCACUUUUCUCCCAGGACUCAGUUCUGAAGCUUAUAUUUCUUCUAAGGAAUUGAAGUUCCCAGUGACCUGGAGGGAGGAUUCCUGGAAACCAAACAAUCAGUUUAGGUGUAGGUGGAGAUGUUGAAUAUGUGUUACCAAGAUACAGCACAGGUUCAGGGAAAAGAGUUCUCUACUCCAGGGGUUAUUUAGAAGACACUUUCUCUGCCUCAUCCUGCCCUCAAGCUUUAGUCAAGAAGUUAUGGCCCCCAGUCCCUGACUUCUUACUUAUCCCAUUGAGGACUGCCUUUCUCUCUUUCUCUCUCUCAGUUCUGACCUCUGCCCCCCAAAGUCAGCUUUCUAAAAGCAAGCAUGUUUUAGACCACUCACUCUUUCCCUCUUUCUUCAGGAAUGAGUUGGGGAAGGCUGAUGAGUAAAACAUACCAUCCUUUUCUGUUUUCUUGAUGCUGUUUACAACAUAGUUUGGUGAUAUCCAGAGCUAAUGUACAUGCUUUCAAAAGCUAAUCUGCCUGUUGAUGAUAACUAGGUACAGCGACUUUAAACACAGUUGCUAUAAUCCUGAAAAGCCCCAGGAGCACAUCAGGGAGCUGGGAAGCACAGCUGCAGAGAACUCAGCUGUAUAUUGCCCUCUGACCUUGGCCCAGACCUUCAGAGGCUCAGUCUGUUGAGUCUGUUGUGACUGUCUUAUGAAUCAAUCUGUUGUGCCAACCCUUUCUGAGAUUCAGAGAGGCCCAACUAGAAAAAGUGGCAGUUUUAACCACCAACGUAGAAGCUUUUUUUUCCCCACAAGACCAUUGUACUGCAAUACUUCAGUAUUUGUGUAGCAAACAGCCUCUUAGGUUGGAGAGUAUUGAUUUCAAAUAGGAAGCUGGUAGACUAGGUGUGAAGAUGAAAUAAUGACCUUGAUUUUUGGGUGUGUAUUGCAGAAGCCUAGUCACUUUCAAGUCACACCACAUAUGUGAUCUGGCCUAAUCGUGGAGAUACUGGUUAUCAGUUUGCAGAUGAAUACACAGUUCUAUCCAACAGAAACUGUAUCUUUCUGUUUGUCAGAAGUUCUCCGUUACUUCCUGUAUUAGUCAAGGUUUUCCAGAGAAACAGAAUCAAUACAUACUGGGGUAGGGGGGCGGUGGUUAUUAGAAGGAAUUGGUUCACAUGAUUAUGGAGGUGGUUAAAUCCCAAGAUCUGCAGGGUAAGUCAGCAAGAUGGAGUCCCAUGAGAGCUGAUGGUUUAGUUCCAGUCUGAUGGCAGCAGGCUUGACACCAAGGAAGAGAUGAUGUUUAAUUCAAGUCUGAAGGCAGGGAAAAAGCUGAUGGCCCUGUCCAAAGGCUAUUAGGCAGGAAAAAUUCUCUUAGUCAGGGCAGAGUUAGCUCUUUUGUUCUAUUCAGGCCUUCAACUGAUUCAGUGAGGCCCGCCCACAUUUGGGAGGACAGUCUGCAUUACUCAGUCUACUGAUUUGAAUGUUAAUGCCAUUGAGAAACACCCUCGCAGGAACACUCAGAAUAAUGUUUGACCAAAUAGCUGGGCAUUUUGUGACCCAGUUAAGUUGAUACAUAAGAUUAACUAUCACAGUGACUCAGUGGAAUUGUUUGCUUUUGUACAGUUUUACAAUAAAAGUUUAGUAUUUGUGUUUUGG